GGAUGUUGGGACUUCUCGAAACGUGGCCAGCAUGACGGCGCGGUGGAGCACGCGGCUGCUGAACCUCCGGACGCGCGUCCUGUACAAGACCAACAAGCUCAAGUACGACACGCAGAAGACGGCCGAGCGCUUCUGGUACGGCUCCAAGAACGUCGGCAACGCGACAGUCCGGGUCCCGUUCAUGAUCACGACGCAGAUGAAGCUCGACCUCGCCAAAGCCGGGUUUCCUGCAGCGUCUAUUGGCGCGCUCACACCGGCCGAGGCCCACCGCGUGCUGCAGCAAAAGAUUUCGUUCGACGCGUACGUGGCGUCGCCAGCGAGCCCAGCGCCCACGCCAGUUGCGCCUUCCUCGGUGGCCGUCGUGUCGGCGCCGGAGCCUGUCGACACAAGCUCGUCGGCUGUGGCGCUGGUCGUGGAGCCCGCAGAGCCCAUUGCGAGCGAGAGCGCAGUGUCAUCGGCUGUCGUCCUUGUGCCCGACGCGCCCAAGCAGGCGCCGUAGUAGUAAUAGACGUAGUGCAAUAGAGGCGUGCUCGUGACCCGAUAGUAGUUUUGUCCAAGUUGGCUCCACG